UUUAUAGUCCUUUUUCUCUGCAUCUCUCAUUGUCCAUCUCUUCGAGCCCGCUCUCCGUCGGUUUUUGGGGGUUAAGGUAAAAUAUGACUGAUUCAAAGCCAGUGCAACCGUUGAUUCCACCAUCGUCUCGGAAGCUACCUGAUUUUAAGAAAUCGGUUAAGCUAAAAUAUGUGAAGCUUGGAUACCAUUACCUGAUCACUCAUGGAAUGUAUCUCUUCCUUUCUCCUCUUGUAGUUGUAAUCGCCGUGCAGCUCUCGACAUUUUCUCUCCGGGAUCUUUAUGAUCUUUGGGAGCAUCUUCAAUACAAUCUCAUUUCUGUCAUCAUCUGCUCGGCUCUACUUGUUUUCUUGUCAACCCUUUACUUUCUAACUCGACCUCGUCCUGUUUACCUUGUCAACUUUGCUUGUUUCAAACCGGAUGAAUCUCGGAAAUGCUCCAAAAAGAUCUUCAUGGACCGAUCUCAAUCGGCCGGUACAUUCACGGAGGAAAACCUUCAGUUUCAGCGUAAGAUCCUUGAAAGAUCCGGGCUUGGGGAGUUGACAUAUCUUCCGGAGGCUGUCCUCAACAUUCCACCUAACCCGUCAAUGAAUGAAGCUAGAAAGGAAGCAGAGACUGUUAUGUUUGGUGCUAUUGAUGAGCUUUUGGCUAAGACCUGUGUAAAACCCAAAGACAUUGGAAUUUUGAUUGUGAACUGCAGCUUGUUUAAUCCAACACCAUCAUUGUCGGCCAUGGUUAUCAACCAUUACAAGCUUCGAGGGAAUAUUCAAAGCUACAAUUUGGGAGGAAUGGGCUGUAGUGCAGGUUUGAUCUCAAUAGAUCUUGCGAAGAAUCUUCUUCAAGUACAUCCGAACUCCUAUGCACUGGUUAUCAGCAUGGAGAACAUCACCUUGAACUGGUACUUUGGAAAUGAUCGCUCGAAGCUUGUUUCCAACUGCUUAUUCAGAAUGGGAGGGGCAGCAAUACUGCUCUCUAACAAACACUCUGACAGAAGAAGAUCCAAAUACCAAUUGGUUCACACUGUUCGUACCCACAAGGGCGCGGAUGAUAAAUGCUUUGGCUGUGUUACCCAAGAAGAAGACUCUAUAGGAAAGAUUGGUGUUACAUUGUCAAAAGAUCUCAUGGCAGUUGCUGGUGAUGCGCUAAAGACCAACAUCACCACAUUGGGCCCUCUGGUUCUUCCAAUGUCUGAGCAGCUGCUUUUCUUUGGUACGUUGGUCGGGAAGAAGCUUUUCAAAAUGAAGAUUAAGCCAUACAUACCGGAUUUCAAGCUAGCUUUCGAGCAUUUCUGCAUUCAUGCUGGAGGAAGAGCUGUUUUGGAUGAACUGGAGAAAAAUUUGCAGUUAUCCGAAUGGCACAUGGAACCAUCGAGAAUGACUCUUUACCGGUUUGGCAACACCUCAAGCAGUUCUCUUUGGUAUGAAUUGGCGUAUACAGAAGCUAAGGGUAGGAUUAAGAAAGGGGACAGAACAUGGCAAAUAGCAUUCGGUUCGGGAUUCAAAUGUAACAGUGCAGUGUGGAAAGCUUUGAGGACUGUAAAUCCAGCAAAGGAGAAAAACCAUGGAUGGAUGGAUGAGAUACAUGAUUUCCCUGUUGAUGUUCCAAGGGUGUCUACCAUCUAAUUUCCAGAUUGUCUUGAUGCUGUUGUGGGAUUAUUCAUGGUGUAACAAAAUUAGAAGAUGCUUAGGAUUGAGAAAUAACUCAAUUUUGUUUGAACUUUAAUU